UAUACAUGCAAGACAAACCAAAGGCUCUAAACACAACCAUGAUCAUGCAUGCCCUUGGUUUCCUCUUAUUCCUAUCUGCUAUCCAUGGAACACAGGCAGUUGAAUACACUGUCACUAACAACGCACUCUCAACUCCUGGUGGUGUGGCUUUCCGUGAUAAAAUAGGAGCACAAUACGCGAAGCAAACACUUGACUCAGCCACCCAGUUCAUAUGGAGGGUCUUCCAACAAAACAACCCUGCUGACAGAAAAAAUGUGGAAAAGGUAAGCUUAUUCGUGGAUGACAUGGAUGGUGUUGCAUAUACUAGCAACAAUCAGAUUCAUUUAAGUGCAAGAUACGUUGGAAGCUAUAAUGGGGAUGUGAAAACAGAGAUUACAGGGGUGUUGUAUCAUGAAAUGACCCAUGUUUGGCAAUGGAAUGGGAAUGGUCAAGCUCCUGGUGGAUUGAUUGAAGGUAUAGCUGAUUUUGUGAGGCUUAAAGCAAACUAUGCUCCUAGUCAUUGGGUUAAACCCGGGCAAGGACAAAGAUGGGACCAAGGUUAUGAUGUUACGGCUCGUUUUCUGGACUAUUGUGAUAGUCUCAAAAGUGGGUUUGUGGCACAAUUGAACAAGUUGAUGAAGACUGGUUACAGUGAUCAAUUCUUUGUUCAGCUUCUGGGGAAGAGUGUUGAUCAGCUCUGGCGAGACUACAAGGCCAAGUAUGGCAAUAUAGCCUAAGACGCUAAGAGCUUGUUAAUCUAAAGAAUAAGCGAGUGCAUCGCAAAUAUUUUCUACAAGAUUGUAUCAGCUUAAAUAUUAUGAUGAAAUGCAAAUUUUUAUAUUUGGUAAUAAAAUAGAACAAUU